CACACAAAGCCCAGAUAGGGCUGAGGGUGGGAUAUCUCACUAGCGAUGGGCUCAGCGAGGGAGAGGAAGGGCAAUACCAUCGCAGGAUGGGCCAACUCUUAGACCGUACGUAUGUGUGUGUGAGAGAGAGUAUUGCACACAAGAAUUUGUCCAUAAGUCAUGAUUUUUUUGGGGGGGUACCCCUUCUCCUCAAGGGAUGUGGGUGGCGCUGUGGGUUAAACCACAGAGCCUAGGAUUUGCCGAUCAGAAGGUCAGCAGUUCGAGUCCCCACGACGGGUUGAUUUCCCUUUGUUCAGUCCCUGCUCCUGCUCCUGCCAACCUAGCAGUUCGAAAGCACAUCAAAGUGCAAGUAGAUAAAUAGGUACCGCUCCGGCGGGAAGGUAAACGGCGUUUCCGUGCGCUGCUCUGGUUCGCCAGAAGUGGCUUAGUCAUGCUGGCCACAUGACCCGGAAGCUGUACGCCGGCUCCCUCGGCCAAUAAAGUGAGAUGAGCGCCACAACCCCAGAGUCGGCCACGACUGGACCUAAUGAUCAGGGGUCCCUUUACCUUUACCUUACCCCAUCUCCUCUCCAAUAAGCCAGCAAACCUGUAAACGGGAUGAGAAAAGACAACUGGUAUUUCCCUGCUGGAAAAGCCAAGCAUUAGUUGGUGCCAAGAAGGCCUUUUUGGGGAGAGCAUUCCACAGUCGGGGGGCCACCACAAAAAGGCCCUUCCUUGUGCUGUCUGGAGGGCCACUGCUACCACAUCACAGAAUGAUGAUGAUGAUGAUUUUUUUAGUUUCUUUUUUCAGACAUAAAAACCAAGAGGGGAAAAAAUACACUAGAAAUGUCCCGCCCAUAGAUAGUUAAAAGCCAGAGGCCUAGUUAAGAAGGAAUGUUUUUGCCUGGUGCCUUGAAGAUAUACAAUAAUAGUGACAGAUAUCUCCACCCCCAUCGUUUUGCCCAGACACUGAGGUCCAGCUCCAAGGGCCUUCUGGCGGUUCCCUCCCUGUGAGAAGCCAAGUUACAGGGAACCAGGCUGAGGGCCUUCUUGGUGGUGGCACCCACCCUGUGGAACGCCCUCCCACCAGAUGUCAAGGAAAUAAACAACUAUCUGACUUUUAGAAGACAUCUGAAGGCAGCCCUGUUUAGGGUGGUUUUUAAUGCUUGAUGUUUUAUUGUAUUUUUAAUACUUUGUUGGAAAAAUAAUAUUAUCCCUGGAGAGAGAAUUCCACAAACUGGCAGCCACUACUGGAAAGGCCUGUUCUUUUGCUGCUGCUGCCCUCCGGGCCAAGUACAGUGGUACCUCGGGUUACAUACGCUUCAGGUUACAGACUCCGCUAACCCAGAAACAGUACCUCGGGUUAAGAACGUUGCCUCAGGAUGAGAACAGAAAUCGUGCUCUGGUGACGCAGUGGCAGCAGGAGGCCCCAUUAGCUAAAGUGGUGCUUCAGGUUAAGAACAGUUUCAGGUUAAGAACGGACUCCGGAACGAAUUAAGUACUUAACCCGAGGUACCACUAUACUGAAAUGUUGGUGCUAGUUUGUUGUGGAGCGAUUUGGAUUAAUGCUUCUCCCCCAAUCUUUCUCUUCUCAAUCCCCCAUCCCCAGAUGUAUCCCGGACCACCUCCACGUCCUCCACGCCGAGUAGUGAGGCCCUGACACCGCUGCAGAUGUCCCCGGCGGUGACGCCCGACUGCCAGACCGGCCUCCCCAUGGACCCCACCCUCUGUGGCAAAGUCGUUCCGGCUUUCCUGCCGGCGAAGAAAGAGGACCGCCCGCAGCCCGAAGGAGCCAGCUGUGACACGGCCGUGGGCAACGCCGCGACCGGCCUGGUAGCCCUCAGUGAGUGCGGGCAGGUCGUGAUGGAGCAGGCCCCGAAAGCCGCCAAGGCGGCGCCCAAAGGUCAGGGGGAACCUACGUCGGGCGUGGACAUGCUGGACACCCGGAUAGUGAUGGGCGAGGAGACUCAAUGCCUCAGUGAGGAUGAGGAAGAUGGGGAAGGGGCUGCCUCUGCGCCGCUCACACGGGGCACCUUGGAGGCCAGCUCUGAGGAGGAGGAAACGAGCGACAUGGAGGAUCCGGACAUGGUUGACCUCCAGGCGAGGCCUCCCCACCAGACCCCAAAAGACUUGGCCAGCCGGCAAGCAGGCUUGACCCUCCCCGGCCUCCGGAAUCCGCAGGAGGCCAAGAGGGCAGCCAAGACACCUCCACUCUCUCAGGGCGAACAUUUGGCGGACCUGCCUUCUCCGCCUCCUGCGCUCACCAAAGACCUCUCCUUGGAGCCUGCCGAGGCCCAGCCCCUGCCUGGCAAGCACACCUGUGGCCUGGACCCAGAACUAUACUUCACAGCGCCCUCAACCCCCAUCAAGACUGUGUUUUCCCACCUCAGGCACCAACCCUUCUCCAAAGAGAGCCUCAGCGAGGAGCAGAACGACACGGACAAUGAAGGCCUUUGCUCCCCACCCACCUCCCCCUCGGGGUCCUAUAUCACGGCCGAGGGAGGCAGCUGGGCAUCUUCAGGCACCGGCAGCACUUCCCCGUCUUGCUCCCCCAACCUGAUCGCAGAGUCGGAAGCCAUGGAGGCCCCGGCGGCAGACGGUGAGGAGUUUCUCUCGGAGUACGCGGACGGCCGCCCGAGGCUCCCACGGGGACCCAGCCUGUCUCCCGACUUGGAGGGGGAGUUUGCUUUCCAGACCCUCUCCUCCAGCACUUUAGUCCACUCGUCGUUCCCCGAGGACGACGACGACGGGCAGACGACCCCGGAGGAAGAUGGCGGCGACUGGGGCGCCGAAGUCGCUCCCUUGAGGCCGGGCCCUCAGAGGUUUGAGCAAGUGGCUCCGUCUUGGCCCGAGAGCAGAGAGGACUCUGGAGACGAAGUGGAUCUAAGCCGCGAGCUGUCCAAAGCAGAGGCUCUGCCAGCCUACGAAACGGGAGCCGGAGACUCUGCCGAGUUUGCAGGAUCGAAACCCUGCCUCUUGCCUGGUUCACUCGCUGCCUUCCCUUCUGGGACGGACACCUCUGAGGCUGAUGCACCCGGCCGGCCGCAGGCCGAAACGGCGGCUUCCGCCCCAGACGACGGCGUGGACGGCGCCGACAGUGACCAGAUGAUUUCUGCUUUGCUCCUGCCUUUCCGUGGGAGCCUCAUAUUCGAGGCGGAGUCUGUGGAGAUCACGCUGUUCCCCCAAGGGGAGUCGGUGGGGAAUGACGCCCUCUACGGCGUGGAGGACGACGACAGCACUUCGGCCUCCUUCCUGCACUCUCUCUCGGAAACCUCCAUCAAUGAAGGCGUGGACGAGUCCUUUGCUUACCAGGACGACACCUCCCAGUCCUCAGACUCGGCCUCCUACAACGGGGAGGACGACGAACGCCUCUACAGCGUCGAGCAGUACGCUGUGGUCGCGGAAGCUGCCGUCGCCCCUGCUCAGGAAGCGGCCGGGCCUCCAAAGGAAGACAUGGAACCCGCGCUGUCCCGAUCGGGUAGCGAGAGCGAGAUGCAGACCUCAUCCGAUGCUUACAACACAGAUGAGGAAGAGACGGCUUCUGCCGGGGACAAUGGGCACCCGAGGGCCGAAAAGGAGGAGCGGGAGGAGAGAGGCUCCUCCCUGGAGAAGGCUGAAGAUGAAGAGAUACCCCAGGAGGACCAAAUCAAAGUUUCGCUCCCCGCUGAAGAAGAAGCGGCUUCCAGGUUGCGGGUUGUGCCUGAGGCUCCCAGCGAUUCCUCCGAAUGUUCUGGAAGCAGCAGCAGUUCCCCUACCGGGCAAGGAUGGGGGUCUCCUAUGGAGCAGGGCCCCACAGCUCUUUUCGGAGGCGUAGGUCGCGGAACUGGAUGUGAAGAGGGAGAAGAGCCUUCAAGGGAAAGGGGCGCCCCCUGCGCCUCCGUGGAGCGCCAGUCGCUCUCAGACGGGCAAGAGGCUGCUGAGGAAAACAUCCCUGACCCCGGAGAAUGCCUCAUCGCUUGCUUUGAUACGGAUGAGGAAGCAGACACUUUGCCGCCUCUGGACAACUCCUUGGAGGGCCCUCGGCCUGUGGGACAAACAGCUGCAGAGUGGGUCGACCAGGUGUAUGCGGGCCCUGCCAUACCCCUGGGAUGGACCCCGAAGCCGUAUCCUGUGGCGUUUGCAGAGCUGGUGACUCCAGACGUCAACGACUCGUCUUCCUUUGACAUCAGUGCCAGGCUGAAGGAGUCGGAGGAGCGGCUUCUGGAGCUCCUUGACCAAGAUGGCGCCUCUGGGGGAGGCUUGACUGAAGCAGAGAAGCCUAACGGAGGAGUGUUCAACGUGGAUCCAGAGAAGGAGGAGCCUCCAUUCGUGUCCCUCCUUGGCUCCUGUGAGGCGGCCAUCUUGGACCAGCCUGAAGCGACUCGAGCCGACAACGAGCCGACAGCGGAGUGCCUUAUUGCCUGCUUUGAAUCGGAGGACGAGCUUGAGGAGGCCUCGUCCCUUGACCAGAUGAACAACAACGAGGACCAUGUGGUGGCCAUUUUUUCUGAGGCAAAACCUGAUUCUCAGCCCUUGCUGGGACCAAACAGCAUACAGCAGAACACCGCCGUCGUGGACAGUGAGGUCACCUUGAUGGCGGCAGCCACACCUCUGCCCCCCACAGAUGUUGAAGAGCGUGCUGAAGUCUGUGGGAUGCCAAGAGACUCAUCUGGGCUGGAGAUGGAGGCCUCCACAGGGCCUCUUGCCAGUGUGGUUAUAGGAGACGGUGCAGCCCAUCUCAAGCUGUGCUUGGAGACUGGCGAGGCCAAAGACCUGAGCGUGAGGGAGCCUCAGCCCGGUGAGAGCCGCCAUGAGCCCAUGCUGGUAGAAACAGGCGGCCAUCUUGAGGAAGCUGGAGAGGACGCCAAGGGCAAAGAUCAGCUAGGGGAAGAGGCUUCAGUUGUAGAGGAAGCCACUGGGGCAAUGGAGGGGCAAGCGCUAUCGGACGAAAUUGAUGCUGGCCAGGACUGGGAAAGUCCGUCUGAGGGAGAAGAGGAUGCUAUUUCUGAACUUGAAAGUGAUGGAAACAGCAGAGCAGACUCUGUCGCUGAGAUCCCACCAGGAGAAGGUUCUGUUUGGCCGGGAGACGGGCUUCAAGCCCAGCGCUUAACCACGCUUCCUGUGGGACUGUGUGGAUCAGAAGCCGCCUCAUUCCAGGAUCCUGGUGCUCAGCCUAGCCUGAGAGACAGCAACAUGAAUUUGGUUCAGAUUCAGAGUAAGGGGGCAGCUCCUGCUUCCGCCAGCAGCGAGACCACAGAUGGUCCAGCGUUGGUGGGAAGCUCGGACAAGAAGCCAGGACAGAAAGAUGAGAACAAGCUUGUGGUUCCUGCGGCCUUUGAGCAGGUUGUUCGCCAGGCAGGCCUUCCUGAGCCAGCGGGUCGUAAAGAAGGCACUGAAUGGCCGCAGCUUGGUGGGGUACAGAUUCUGGAGCCCCAGGCAGCAACCAAAGAGACCAAGCUGGCUGUCCAACAGGGGCCUGAGGCUCAGAGGAACAGGGGAUGUAUGGAGGCGGCUGCAUCUCUGCCUCCUUUGAAUGAUCAGCAUCCUUUGGACGUCAAAGCUCAGGUGGACAAAACUGCCCCAGGAACUUCUAAGGCAGGAGAUGCAGUUGCAACGCCUUCCACUGGCAGGGUUGAGGGUCUACCCAGGCAACCCUUGCAGGUGCCAAAGAAGACCUUUGCUCAAGCUCUGCUUCAGGGUCUCCAACCACCUGCUUUGGGCGCUGAACCUUCUGUGCAGGAAAAGGAUCUGGAUUCCAGUCUCUCUUCCCCGGAGUUGGCAGAGGUCUCCAUGCCCAACUCGCAGAUGGACAGCAGCUUCUUCACGGCAGCUGAGGACAUCUCUUGUGGGACGCUUGUGCUGACUUCAUCCCCUGGCUCUGAGAGGGAAGGGCUCAGCACCCCUGAGCAGGCAUGGGGCAGCCCGGCCGAGGAUGUGGAGAAGGGCCCUUCUCCUCUUCCACAAGAACAGCCGGCAGCCGUUUCUGAGCUGGAACACCGAGUGGUCGAGACUGAAGAUGCUAAGGUUGAACCCUUGGCUGAGCCGUCGAAGAUCCCACCAGCAGAGGGACCUUCCCAGCGGAGCAUGGCGUUGUGUCUGCAUUCCUCUGCUCUUAACCAGCCGCCUUCUCCAGCCAAUGCCCGGCCAAGGGAUGCGUCACCCGUGCUUUGCAAAAGCCAGCACCUCUUCUUUGCUUCUGAAGAGGAGAUCUAUUUGUCGGAGCCUGAAGAUGCCCAGCACAUCCUUUCCAGUGGAAAUGCAGAAACGGAAAGCGUUGGUGCUGCAGAAUCGCCGGGGACCAGGAGGACUGGUGCAGCCCUGGAUGAUUCUGAAGCCGUUGCUGCAGCGACGCCAUCUCCAGCCCCCAGCCAACCGGAGCUUCCUGGUGCCUUGUGGCAGAACGCCUCGUUGGUUGCAGAACCUCCAGAGGUCACUGCAGACCAGCAGCAGAUCACCGACAUGUUGCGAGGCUCCUUCGGCAACCUCAGGGAGCCGGGCUUGGGUGCUGCCCGCCUGGUGAGCAGUCUGCUGGUGGCCGAAGCACAAAGCCUUCUCGGCAGCCUUAAGGAAGACGUCUUGGAGUUCUCCUCCGAAGGCGUCAUGCCAGACUUGUCGGAAUCGAAGCAUUCCAAAGAUGAGUUGGAGCCUCAAACCACUUGCAGUCAAGACCAAGUCGCCGGGCAACCUUGCAAGGAGCUGGAGAUGGACAGGGUAGCAGUUCCACCACAUGUGGAGGUUGUUCCCCUUCGUUCAGAGGCGGUGGAGAUGGCGGCUGGGCCGCUGCUGAGUUCUGGGUUGGAAGGAGUGGACCAGGCUGCCGAGGAGGUCGUCUUCACACCUGGUGAAGCCGAAGGGAAGACGUCUGAGAGCGUUGACAGAUCUCCACCUCGGAGCUUGCAGGCCAAGCCGACGAUCCAGAGUCCAGAAGCCGGUGGGUCAACUGAAGAGAUUUCAGAAGAGACGAGACUAGAGGGUGCCACAGCAGAGGCAGUUGGCCACCCAAGAGAGGGGAAAGGACCAGUUCCUUCAAGUGCUUUUGCUGGAAGCACGAAACUCGUGGUCCCUGAAGCUGGUUUGAUGAGUGUGGAGACCACCUCUCCUCUAUCGCAGGCCCUGCCAGCCUCUGAAGGACCAGCUCAAGAGUCCCUCGCUGUUUCUUUGCAGGCAGAGCAGCCCCCAUCGCUUACCUGUGAGGAGGAACCUCCUCUGUCUCCUCCUCCAUCUCCACCUUCUGAAUCUGAAGAAGUGCCUCCUGUUUCUCCCUCGCCUCCCUCCGACGGCCAUUUCCACAGCCCCUCGGCUGCUUCGUGGCUUCCUGCUUCAACAACCAGGCCUGACGAGGAACGAGCUCCUUCCAGAGAGGACCUGAUCCUCCUCCGGGACUCGAGGAAGCCUCCUGCGGAAGGUGAGCUUUCAUUUCCCCAUCUCUCCCAUCCAGAUAACGGGAGGAUGAGGGUUGAUUUUAUUUAUUUCUUCUUCUUAUUAUUAUUAAUUUAAAAUAAAUACAUUUAUGAGAAAACAGAUGUACAUACGAGUAAACAAACAUACAAACAAACAAACAAAUAACAGGAAAAUCAAACAAACCACUACACUAUAAGAUACAAGAAGUUUCCCCAUCUCUCCCAUCCAGAUAACGGGAGGAUGAGGAUGAGGGUAGAUUUUAUUUAUUUCUUCUUCUUCUUCUUCUUAAUUUAAAAUAAACACAUUUAUGAGAAAACAGACGUACAUACAAGUAAACAAACAUACAUACAAUCAAACAAACAAACAAAUAACAGGAAAAUCAAACAAACCACCACACUAUAAAUAUAAUUAUCAUCAUAUAUACUCCUGAUACGGAACACAAUUAUAAAACUUAUAGAGAAGAAAUUAAAAACUGACUUCCAAUUAAUCUCACUGUACUUUAUCCAUUACUUUAUACUGCACAGUUACACAUUUCUUAUAUAAUUUCUUUUUACCUCCCUACGAACUUAUAUUUAUACAAUACAGGGAUCUAAUUCUGCCAAUAUGUUUCCUUUUAUUCCGUAGUUUUCUAAAUAGUCUUUAAAGAUCUUUAUAGACUUUUUGUUUUGGUUGGCCUCUUACUCUUCCUGUGGCUUUCGCGAGCUGCAGAUAUUCUACCAUUAGGAUUUGCCAAUCUUCUGGUUCGCCAGAAGCGGCUAAGUCAUGCUGGGCACAUGACCCGGAAGCUGUACGCCGGCUCCCUCGGCCAGUAAAGCGAGAUGAGCGCCGCAACCCCAGAGUCGGUCACGACUGGACCUUAUGGUCAGGGGUCCCUUUACCUUUACCUAUAUACCCCCCUCGGACACGGGUGGCACUGUGGGCUAAACCACAGAGCCUAGGGCUUGCCGAUCAGAAGGUCAGUGGUUCGAAUCCCCGCGACGGGGUGAGCUCCCGUUGCUCGGUCCCUGCUCCUGCCAACCUAGCAGGUCGAAAGCACACCAAAAAGUGCAAGUAGAUAAAUAGGUACCGCUCUGGUGGGAAGGUAAAUGGCAUUUCCAUGCGCUGCUCUGGUUCGCCAGAAGCGGCUUAGUCAUGCUGGCCACAUGACCCGGAAGCUGUACGCUGGCUCCCUCAGCCAAUAAAGCGAGAUGAGCGCCGCUACCCCAGAGUCGUCCACGACUGGACCUAAUAGUCAGGGGUCCCUUUACAUUUACUACGAGAAUUGGCAGCAUAGGUUCAUUUCUUCAGGUUUUGAUGCCAGGCUGGGUGAAGCUGUUUGGAGUUCCUGGCUUCCAACUGCAAGGGAAAGGACACCCCCCAAACCCCCCCCCGCCCUAACCUACUUCUCUCUGCAGCCGUGGCGAGCGCCAGGCCUGCCAAACCCUCCCAAGAGGACCAGCCUCCCAUCAGCAAAGAUUCCAGGGGCCGGAACCGGUUGCCUGGCAACAAGGACGCCCGAGAAAAGGACUCCGUCUCUGCAGGGGAGAAGCGUGGGGACCGGGGGCCGGCGCAGCUGGAGUCGAGCUCCUCCAGCGACCGGGAGCUGCUGUACCGCUGCCCGGAGAUCGAGAGCCUGAGGGAAGCCACCGGCAUGAUGCUCCUAGAGGAGAAGAAGGCGUUGGCGGGGAAGAGGAGCCACGAGGCCAACCACAAAGGUGAGAAACCCCCGUUGGCCUUCCAGGGUGGGUCCCGAGGUGUCUGGUUGCGCCAGCUUGUGGGCGGAGGUGGCGGCAAACUCCCUGGCACGGACCCUGUGGCUCUGCCCCAGCGGGGGGUAUCACCCCACCUGCUAUUUUUUUUUAUACGUUUUUAUUAGGUUUUCCACAAUGAUAACAAAAACCACAAAGCAGAGUGAUACACAAAAACAAAGAAAGGAAGAAAGGGGGGAGGAACAAUAAACAGAUAAACAAUAACAACAAACUUAAUUCUUCACAAAUCCAACCUUUUAAGUAUCUUGGUUGACUUCCUCAAGUCCCUCCCUUCUGAGUUUCCUUGUAGUUAAAAGUAACAGCUUUCCAAUAUCAUUAUUAACUAAAACAAUUUCCAAUUAUUGUUGUUGUUAUUUAGUCGUGUCCGCCUCUUCGUGACCCCCUGGACCAGAGCACACCAGGCACUCCUGUCUUCCACUGCCUCCCGCAGUUUGGUCAAACUCAUGCUGGUAGCUUCAAAAACACUGUCCAACCAUCUCGUCCUCUGUUGUCCUCUUCUCCUUGUGCCCUCCAUCUUUCCCAACUUCAGGGUCUUUUCCAGGGAGUCUCAUCUUCUCCUGAGGUGGCCAAAGUAUUGGAGCCUCAGCUUCAGGAUCUGUCCUUCCAGUGAGCACUCAGGGCUGAUUUCCUUCAGAAUGGAUUGAUUUGAUCUUCUUGCAGUCCAUGGGACUCUCAAGAGUCUCCUCCAGCACCAUAAUUCAAAAGCAUCCAUUCUUCGGCGAUCAGCCUUCUUUAUGGUCCAGCUCUCACUUCCAUACAUCACUACUGGGAAAACCAUAGCUUUUACUAUACGGACCUUUGUUGGCAAGGUGAUGUCUCUACUUUUUAAGUUUAAGCUUGCAUUUUGCUAUAAGAAGCUGAUGAUCUGAGCCACAGUCAGCUCCAGGGCUUGUUUUUUGCUGACUGUAUAGAGCUUCUCCAUCUUUGGCUGCAGAGAAUAUAAUCAAUCUGAUUUCGAUGCUGCCCAUCUGGUGAUGUCCAUGUGUAGAGUCGUCUCUUGUGUUGUUGGAAAAGCGUGUUUGUGAUGACAACUUUGUUCUCUUGACCGAACUCUAUUAUUUCCAAUUAUAGUCCAUCUUAUUCACUUUUCUUGACAUUCUAAAUCCCAUUUAUUUAAUCAUAACUUAAUUUAAUCCUAGGCCUAUUUGUUUCUUUCAAGUAAUUUCUAAUUUUUUAUGUUACGAUAUUUAUUCAAAUACUCCUUAAAUUUCCUCCAGUCCUCUUGGAACUCCUCUUCUUUCUGGUCACGGAUUCACCCCACCUGCUAUUGAGCCUCUGGUACUGCUGCCUUCGCCAGGUCCUCCCUCAGCCCCUUGCCCAGCAAUGGUGCUUCUGGACGGAGAGGAGAGGAGUUCUCACUGGUCUCCAGGUGAAAACGGCAAAUGCCGUGCAGGCAAUGUUAGAAAUUUGUAUCCAAACAAACCCAUCUUGCAAAGAGAACAUCAACAACGUCUAAGCAACACGAUGACCAUAUACAUACGUAGUAGACAAUCAUGGGACACGGGUCAUCAUGGGACGCGGGUGGCGCUGUGGGUUAAACCACAGAGCCUAGGACUUGUCGAUCAGAAGGUCGGCGGUUCGAAUCCCCAUGACGGGGUGAGCUCCCGUUGCUCGGUCCCUGCUGCUGCCAACCUAGCAGUUCAAAAUCACACCAGUGCAAGUAGAUAAAUAGGUACUGGUCCAGCAGGAAGGUAAACGGCGUUUCCAUGCACUGCUCUGGUUCUCCAGAAGUGGCUUAGUCAUGCUGGCCACAUGACCCGGAAGCUGUACGCAGGCUCCCUCAGCCAAUAAAGCGAGAUGAGCGCCGCAACCCCAGAGUCGGUCACGACUGGACCUAAUGGUCAGGGGUCCCUUUACCCUUUACCUAGACAAUCUUUAUAGAAUUCCUUCACACCAUAAAAAGCUCAAAAUGAAAUCUUUAGUCUCAAAGUCUCUGAAAAUCUUUAAAUGCCAAACUUUGUACGGUAGAAGACAAGCUGUGAAGCUUUGUGUAUUUAGCAAAUACGAUGUCCAACACUGCACAGUGAUUCUGGAUACUGACUACUGUUUCGUAGAAUUCUUCGUCAGCGUAGUGGGAGGAUAUAGAAUGCUUUGUAAACCCAUCUUAUUUCGAAUGAAUGUAUGUAAAUGAAAAUAUCAAAUGCUGUGGAACAGUGCUCAUGGAAUAAUGUUAGAAAUUAGCCAGGCGCCAGGCGCGUUUUGCUACUGGCGUGGAGAUCUCUGGGUGCCCGGCUGAUUCCUCUAGCUUUCUUAAGCAGGUCAGCAGAAGAGCUCAUUUAUUGCCUUUAUCUCCCACCCUUUACUCCAAGGAGUCCACGGUUCACCCCCCAUCUCAUCUAAUAAUAAUAAUAAUAAUAAUAAUAAUAAUAAUAAUAAUAAUAAUUUUAUUAUUUAUACCCCACCCAUCUGGCUGGGCUUCCCCAGCCACUCUGGGCGGCUUCCAAAAAUAUUAAAAUAAUGUAAUACAUCAAGCAUUAAAAGCUUCCCUAAACAGGGCCACCUUCAGAUGUCUUCUAAAAGUCUGGUAGUUAUUCUUUUCUUUGACAUCUGCUGGGAGGGUGUUCCACAGGGUGGGGGCCACCACUGAGAAGGCCCUCUGCCUGGUUCCCUGUAACUUGGCUUCUCCCAGGGAGUGAACUGCCAGAAGGCCCUCGGAGUUGGACCUCAGUGUCCGGGCAGAACGAUGGGGGUGGAGACGCUCCUUCAGGUAUAGUGGACCGAGGCUGUUUAGGGCUUUCAAGGUCAGCACCAACACUUUGAAUUGUGCUCAGAAACGUACUGGGAGCCAAUGUAGGUCUUUCAAGACCGGUGUUAUGUGGUCUUGGCGGCCGCUCCCAGUCCCCAGUCUGGCUGCCACGUUCUGGAUUAAUUGCAGUUUCCGGGUCACCUUCAAAGGUAGCCCCACAUAGAGCGCAUUGCAGUAGUCAAAGCAGGAGAUAACCAGAGCAUGCACCACUCUGGCAAGACAGUCUGCAGGCAGACAGGGUCUCAUCCUGCGUACCAGAUGGAGCUGGUAAACAGCUGCCCUGGACACAGAAUUGACCUGCGCCUCCAUGGACAGCUGUGAGUCCAAAAUGACUCCCAGGCUGCGCACCUGGUCCUUCAGGGGCACAGUGACCCCAUUCAGGACCAGGGAAUCCUCCACACCUGCCCGCCCCCUGUCCCCCCAAAACAGUACUUCUGUCUUGUCAGGAUUCAACCUCAAUCUGUUAGCUGCCAUCCAUCCUCCAACCGCCUCCAGACACUCACACAGGACCUUCACCACCUUCACUGGUUCUGAUUUGAAAGAGAGGUAAAGCUGGGUAAUCUGUACAACGACCCUGUGAGGUAGGAGAAGAGGCUGCGACUGACCACAAUGUCGCCCAGGGAACUUCAGGACCGAGUGGGGAUUUGAACCCUGAUCUCCCAGGUCCUAGUCCAACAUGCUAACCACUACACCCCACUGGCUUUCUGUAUUUUUGCUAUGGGGCAGCUCUAUAAAUUGAGCAGGUAAAUAAAGAAUGGGGAAGCCAAAUGCCCCUUAGAGAAGGUCCUGUAAUAUUUUCCUUGAAGCUUGAAUUAAUAUUAUUCCACUGUCGAACAGCUCUUACUGUCAGGAAGUUGUUCCUAAUGUUUAGGUGGAAUCUUCUUUCUUGUAGUUUGGAUCCAUUGCUCCGUGUCCGCUUCUCUGGAGCAGCAGAAAACAACCUUUCUCCCUCCUCUAUGUGACAUCCUUUUAUAUAUUUGAACAUGGCUAUCAUAUCACCCCUUAACCUCCUCUUCUCCAGGCUAAACAUGCCCAGCUCCCUUAGCCGUUCCUCAUAAGGCAUCGUUUCCAGGCCUUUGACCAUUUUGGUUGCCCUCCUCUGGACACGUUCCAGUUUGUCAGUGUCCUUCUUGAACUGUGGUGCCCAGAACUGGACACAGUACUCCAGGUGAGGUCUGACCAGAGCAGAAUACAGUGGCACUAUUACUUCCCUUGAUCUAGAUGCUAUACUCCUAUGGAUGCAGCCCAGAAUUGCAUUGGCUUUUUUAGCUGCCGCAUCACACUGUUGGCUCAUUUCAAGUUUGUGGUCAACCAAGACUCCUAGAUCCUUUUCACAUGUACUGCUCUCAAGCCAGGUGUCACCCAUCUUGUAUUUGUGCCUCUCAUUUUUUUUGCCCAAGUGCAAUACUUUACAUUUCUCCCUGUUAAAAUUCAUCUUGUUUGUUUUGGCCCAGUUCUCUAAUCUGUCAAGGUCGUUUUGAAGUAUGAUCCUGUCCUCUGGGGUGUUAGCCACCCCUCCCAAUUUGGUGUCAUCUGCAAAUUUGAUCAGGAUGCCCUUGAGUCCAUCAUCCAAGUCGUUGAUAAAGAUGUUGAAUAAGACCGGGCCCAAGACAGAACCCUGUGGCACCCCACUAGUCACUCUUCUCCAGGAUGAAGAGGAAACAUUGAUGAGCACCCUUUGGGUUGCAUUAUAGAUGCCUCCAGGCUCACAGAGGCAAACAUCUUGGUGCAAAGGAAAUACAGUUUUAUAAAUGGUCUCUUAUCUGGGACACGGAAAGGCUCCUUUCACUCCCUGCUUCCUCUCUCUUCCAGGGUCGUCGAAUGACUCAGAAAGCAAUGAAGGGUCCUUACCUGAGUUGGAGGAAGCAGAAGUUUCAGAACCAAGGACAGCUCAGACGCAGGUGAUUUGUUUGAGGCAAAGACGGCUAGAUUUGUACGAAGCAGAGAUUGCAGGCUCCUGAAAAACUUCUGGCUUCAGGGAGUUGUGCGGGGCAGAUAUCUUAAUCCAGGGGUCAGCAAACUUUUUCAGCAGGGGGCCAGUCCACUGUCCCUCAGACCUUGUGGGGGGCCGGACUAUAUUUUGAAGGGAAAAAAAUGAACGAAUUCCUAUGCCCCACAAAUAACGCAGAGAUGCAUUUUAAAUAAAAGCACACAUCCUACUCAUGUAAAAACACCAGGCAGGCCCCACAAAUAAUCCAGAGAUGCAUUUUAAAUAAAAGCACACAUUCUACUCCUGUAAAAACAUGCUGAUUUCCAGACUGUCCACGGGCCGGAUUUAGAAGGCGAUUGGGCCGGAUCCAGCCCCCGGGCCUUAGGUUGCCUACCCCGUCUUAAUCCUUCCCCACUGAAUGAGUGGGCUGAGCUUUCAGCAGAUCACCUAGAGAUCUCAGCAGUAGAUCUUUCCAUAUACCGUAUUUUUCACUCCAUAAGGCGCACCGACCAUAGGGCGCACCUAGUUUUUAGAGGGGGAAAUCAAGAAAAAAAAUCUUAUUUCCCCCCCAGCCCCAAAGAGCAGUGUACAGGCUGCGCGCAACCUCUCCCUGCCGGAGGGGCUGCACGCGGCUAUCCCUGAAGCCUUCCGAGCACAGCGCAAGUUCCCACUGCGCUCCUCAGGCUUUGGGUUCCUUUUGCUGAAGCCGGGAGAGCAAGACUCUCCUGGCUUCAGCGAAAGGAACCUGAAGCCUCCAGAACGCAGCGGUAACUCGCGCUGUGCUCCGAAGGCUUCAGGCAGCAAUCCCUGAAGCCUGGAGAGCGACCGACCCCUCUCGCUCUCCAGGCUUCAGUGAAAGCAACGGGAAGCCUCCAGAGCGUGGAGGGAGCGCUCCUUCUGCGCUUCGGAGGCUUUGCGUUGCUAUCGCCGAAGCCAAGGAGCCUGCAUUCGCUCCAUAGGACGCACACACAUUUCCCCUUCAUUUUUGGAGGGGGGAAAGUGCGUCCUAUAGAGCGAAAAAUACGGUACCUUCUGGCCACCUCUGGGCUAAAGGAUGUUUCUUGAAGCGGUCUCAGCCUGGGGACUGUACAGCAGCGAGGGUCCUCUGAGCAUGUGCAAACUACGCUGCAACGAGGAAGCAACUAGCGGCCGAUCUGUUUUGUGAGAAUGGAAUCGCCUAACAAGGGAAAUCGGGAGAUUUUUUUCCGGAUGUUUGUGAGGCUUGUAAAACUGGAGCGCUGAUGAAUUAUAACGAUGCCAAUGCAUAAGGACAGGCUGAUUAAGUUGUAUUGGAGGAAAUACGAUUUUAAAUGAUGAUUAAUGAUAAUGGAAGAUUAACGCCAUUUGAUUAAUUAGGAAAAUGGGUAAAAGUCUCAGCAAGGAUUGAACAUGCACAGUCGGUGGAAAUAGGAAAUGGAUGGGGAAGUAUUAGAAAUUAAGAAAAAGUAUUUUACUGUGUGCAGGAAAGAAGGGAGGGAAAAGAAAUGUAUUGAAAGGGGGGGAAGUCAGCUUUUAAAUUAGAGUUAAAUUUGAAUUAAUUCAUUUAAAAUUUGGAAAACGAAUGGAACUUAAUUGGCAAAGUACAUUGCAAUGUGCUGACUUAAAGCCAGCCGCUGUAAACCGUGUUUAGAACUGAAACAAUGUUUACUGCUAUGUAAACCAUGUUUAGACCUGAAACCAUGUUUACUGCUAUGUAAACCAUGUUUAGACCUGAAACCAUGUUUACUGCUAUGUAAACUUGCAUCUUCCAGGCGCAACUAACGCACUCCUUGGGAACCGGCGAAGAAUCCAUUAGCAGAGCGAAACAGAGCAGAAGCGAGAAAAAAGCACGAAAGGUCAGUAGAGAAUCGGGCAGGGAGGGUCUGGGGUGCAGGAAGAGCGAACAAGCAGAAAAUUUUCUCAACUCUGUAAUUCUUUGAAUGGUCUGCUGAGGCAUGUGGCAUUCCAUGAGAGACAACUGGUGUCUACAGUACAGUGGAUGGGACGUGGUGGCGCUGUGGUCUAAAUCACUGAGCCUCUAGGGCUUGCCAAUCGGAAGGUCAGCGGUUCGAAUCCCCACGAUGGGGAUUCGAACAAAACAACCCCUAGAAGAGCAAUUGAACAUGGAUUUUACUAUCUAACUAGACUAUUGAGCCGUAAAAUGAAAGCAAUAAACAAUGUACUGCAGUCACACAAUCAAUCCAUCAGUUGCUGAACUGCGUUCCAACACAGUCACAAAAACAAAACAAAACAAAAAAGAGCCGCAAAAGCAAAAAUGAAAAAUAAAUAGCAAAAACAGACAGACCUCAGGGUAACACUCAAAGCGGAGCACGUUCAGCUUCUGAAAAAAGUCUGUAAAGUCUGACUUUUAGAAGACAUCUGAAGGCACAUGGAUCACGUUCGCAACCUGAGCGUCCACUGUAUUAUUAUUAUUAUUAUUAUUAUUAAUUCAACUUAUACACUGCCCUAUACCCGGAGGUCUCAGGGCAGUUCACAACAAGACCACAACAUAUAAAGUCAAACCAAACGCAAUAACUCAAUAACCCUCCCUCCAAAAGCCACAUUCUAAAAGGGGGUUGGAUGUCAAGAAGAUCAGCCGAAGGCCUGAUUAAAAAGGAACAUUUUUGCCUAGCCCCGAAAGGUGUAUAAAGAAGGUGCCAGGCGAACUUCCCUGGGGAGAGCAUUCCACAGACGGGGAGCCACUGCAGAGAAGGCCCUGUUCUCAUGUUGCCACCCUCUGGACCUCUCAAGGAGGCGGCACAUGAAGGAGGGCCUCAGAAGAUGAUCUCAGGGUCCAGGUAGGCUCAUAUGGAAAGAGGCAGUCCUUGAGGUAUCGCGGUCUGAAAGUUUCUGAGCACUUUUCAAAGGCAGUCCCAUGCACAGCCCAUUAUAGCGAGUCCUUGGGAUGCAAACAGGACCACCUGAACCCCGCAGGAGUUUUUUCUAUCUGUCUCAAGCAAGUGCUAAUUAGUUGAGGCAAGGUGCUUUCUGUGUUUAGAACAUAGCUGUCAACUUACAGAUUUGAAAAUAAGGGACCAGCAGCCUUGAAAAUAAGGGACCAGCAGCCAAAAUAAGGGACCUGCAGCCUCACCUGUUCCAGGCACUCCAGUCUUCCUGUCCUCCUGCAGUCUGGUCAAACUCAUGCUGGUAGCUUCGAGAACACUGUCCAGCCAACUUUGUAACCAGAGGUUCAACUGAAUAGAAUCUGAAUCACAUGCACCACAAGGCCUAUGCAGCCUCAACUUAAGAUGGCUCCCCGGCCUGGCUUUGCACUGCAAAGUUUGCAGCAGCACGUGCAACAAAAUGGCGUCCAGCGUUCAAAAAACCCCUCAGCUUGCAUUAACUAGCCACACACAAGGCAUGCAAGCUCCACCCCCCAGUCGUUCUUAGGCUUCUUAUUGGGUGAGCAACGCAGCCAAGCAACACAGUUGGAGGCUCCCUCCUCCCUGGCCGGCAGGGAGGGAGGGAGGGAGAGGAGCUGCUUCCUUUGAAAUUUAAGGGACAUCAUUUGAGGGACAUUUAAGGGACAUCCAUCAGUAAGGGACAGCUGCGGGACAUGGCGCUGGAAUAAGGGACUGUCCCUUCAAAUAAGGGACACUUGACAGCUAUGGUUUGGAACGGGUUAAGUCCGGAGCCUGCUGAGAUUCUUCUUAACGAGCAGCCGAGAAUCCCUAUUAAUUCCUUCCAAAGCCUCUAAGCAAACAGAGUUCUUAAUUUUAUUUUUAAAGGGAACUUGACUCGGUCAGUGCUGCUCUGGACUCCUGACAACAUUGGGUGGGCCAGAGGAGAACCAGACAUCUAAUCUCUCUGCCUGGAGGCAAACUUCCAGGAAAAUCUUGACCUCACAACAAUCCCCAUGUGCGUGACCCCCUUUCUGAAGCGGGGCAUACAGUGGCCAAGCCCCAUGGCCUCCCUGUGCCCUUCCUUGCCAUCCUUGGAGAGCAAGGGGCUCUCAGAAGCAGGGAUAAUCCCCCGAGCCAGUGACGAACAUAGACAGCCUUAUCCAAGCCCUAAUCCAGCCCCCCUUGGUUUCAGGGCAGCCUCAGCUAGGGCUUCAAGGACUGAAGUCAGGCGGGGGGCCCUCUUAUUCCCCCCCACCCCAGAAUAUUCAUCUGGGUCACAACCACGUUGAACAACACUGGUCAGCAACUGGCAGUGCCUUGGUCAAAUCCCUGAAGGACCAGGUGCGCAGCCAGGGAGAUGGCAGCUAAUGGAUUGAGGUUGAAUCCCGACAAGACAGAAGUACUGUUCUUAGAGGGUGGGCGGGGGUGGGGGACUCCCUGGUCCUGAAUGGGGUCACUGUGCCCCUGAAGGACCAGGUGCGUAGCCUGGGAGUCAUUCUGGACUCACAGCUGUUCAUGGAGGCGCAGGUCAAUUCUGUGUCCAGGGUGGCCGUUUACCAGCUCCAUCUGGUACACAGGAUGAGACCCUACCUGCCCGCAGACUGUCUCGCCAGAGUGGUGCAUGCGCUAGUUAUCUCUCACUUGGACUACUGCAAUGUGUUCUACGUGGGGCUACCUUUGAAGGUGACCCAGAAACUGCAACUAAUCCAGAAUGCGGCAGCUAGACUGGUGACUGGGAGCAGCCGCCGAGACCACAUAACACCAGUCUUGAAAAACCUACAUUGGCUCCCAGUACGUUUCCAAGUGCAAUUCAAAGUGUUGGUGCUGACCUUUCAAGCCCUAAAUGGCCUCGGUCCAGUGUACCUGAAGGAGUGUCUCCACCUCCAUCGUUCAGUCCAGAUACUGAGGUUCAUUGAGGGCCUUCUGGUGGUUCCCUCCCUGCGAGAAGUGAGGUUACAGGGAACCAGGCAGAGGGCCUUCUCAGUGGUGGCACCUGCCCUGUGGAACACCCUCCCACCAGAUGUCAAAGAGAAAAACAACUACCAGACUUUUAGAAGACAUCUGAAGGCAGCCCUGUUUAGGGAAGCUUUUAAUGUUUAAUAGGUUAUUGUAUUUUAAUAUUCUGUUGGAAGCCGCCCAGAGUGGCUGGGGAAACCCAGCCAGAUAGGCGGGGUAUAAAUAAUAAAUUAUUAUUAUUAUAUUAUUAUCAUACGAACCUGCCUGGGCUGUGAGAUCUUCAGGGGAGGCCCUUCUCUCAGUCCCACCUCCCUCAAAGGCACAGUUGGGUUGGGACCCAGGACAGGGCCUUCUUGGUGGUGGCUCCUCCAAGACUCUGGAACUCCCUCCCUGGAGAAGCCAGACUUGACAGGUGAAGACGACCUUUGUUCCCGCAGGCUUUGGGGAACUGACUGUGUUUAAGGAAAGGGCUGGAGCUGCGAUGCUUCUGUUGUUAUGAUCUGUAUGUUCUAAUAGAUCUCGUAUAAAAAUUUCCCUGCGUGGAAAUGGCUAGGCAGGAAAAUGGGCGGCGAGGCCUGGAGCUCGUUGGCUAACUGGGCUGGGGCUGAUGGGUACAGUGGUACCUCGCAAGACGAAUGCCUCGCAAGACGGAAAACUCGCUAGACGAAAGGGUUUUUGGUUUUUUGAGUUGCUUCGCAAGACGAUUUUCCCUAUGGGCUUGCUUCGCAAGACGGAAACGUCUUGCAAGUUUGUUUCCUUUUUCUUAAAACCGUUAAUACAGUUGCGACUUGACUUCGAGGAGCAACUCAUAGCACGCGGUGUGGUAGCCUUUUUUGAGGUUUUUGAAGACUUUGGUGGUUUUUGAAGCUUUUCCAAAACUUUUCCGACACCGUGCUUCGCAAGACGAAAAAAACCGCAAGACGAAAAAACUCGCGGAACGAAUUAAUUUCAUCCUGCGAGGCACCACUGUAUUGUAGUCCAAAACAUCUGGAUGGCAUCAGUUCGGCGAAGGCUGGGCUAACUAAGAACUACCGUCUUUUUCGCUCCAUAAGACGCACCUAGUUUUUAGAGGGGGAAUUCAAGAAGAAAAAAAAUUCUUUAAAGGGAGCGCUGAGCAAAGCCUGUCUGCUUCCCAGGCUCUGCUCAGCGCUCCCUUUCACGAGCCGCGUGGAGCGUGUCUGCGGCUCUUGCAGGCUUUUCCGCAGGAGGGAGAACGGCAGCCCAUCACUGACGGUCUGCCUUUCUCCCUCCUUGGGGAAAAGCCCCCGAGAGCCACACACACGGUCCGCGCUUCUCUUUUUUUUUUUUUUAAAAUGAUAUUUAUUAAAGUUUCAAAAAAUACAAAAAAUACAGAAUACAGAAAGAAAAAAAAUAAAGUUUUUUAAAAUAUAGCCAAAAAAAUAAAACAAAACAAAAAAAACCAUACCAAAUAAAACAGUUAAAAAGACAUUAAUUUUCCAUAACCUAUCUUCCCUAUACUUAUUUCCCCGGACCUCCUCAUACCUCCCUUUUUUGUAUUCCAGUUCAAUUUGUUAGUUCAGCAAAUCCUUACCAUUAAGUUUUUACCCAGUUGCAAACCUUUUUUCAUAUCUCUUAAGGCAUUACAGCUAAAAACCUCUUAGUUUCUAUCCAACAUCCUUCUAAGAUUCCUUAAUUUUACAAUAUUUCUGUAAAUAGUCUUUAAAUUUCUUCCAGUCUUCUUUCACCGACUCUUCUCUCUGGUCUCGGAUUCUGCCAGUCAUUUCCGCCAGUUCCAUGUAGUCGAUCAGGUCCGCGCUUCUCUUUAAAGGAGUGUGGCUCUUGGGGGAUUUUGCGGGAGGUGGGGGAAGUAAGAGAGCCUCGCUCUGUCACUUCCCCACCUCCCGCAAAGAGCCACAUGCUCUUUAAAGAGAGCGUGGCUAUCCCUGGCUUUUCCCCCCACCUCCCACAAAAGCCAGGGGUAGGCGCGCAAAGCCUCUGCAGGGCAGCGGGAUGAAGGCUCCCCGCUAAGGCAGAAGCUAAAACAGCUAGAGGGAGCGCUGCACAUUGCUCUCUCUAGCUGUUCUGGCUUCUGGGGUAGCCCGCGAAGCCUCUGCAGGGCAGCGGGGAGCCUUCAUCCUGCUGCCCUGCGGAGGCUUCACGGGCUACCCCAGAGCUGCUCAGGAGCUUGUCGGGCAUGGCGGGGGAAGCCCAGGUACCCCCCCGCCAGCCCCAAAGAGCAGCGGACAGCCCCGCCAGCGCUGACAAGCUCUGGGAGUAUUCUCCACCUCCCACAAAAGCCCACAGGAGCCGCGCACCAUUUAAGGAGUGUGCGGCUCCUGCGGGCUUUUCUACGAGGAGGGAGAAGGGACUGAUGCGGCCAGUUAAGUCCCGUCUCCCUCCUCGCAGAAAAGCCCGCAGGAGCCGCGCAGAGGGGGCUUUUCCCGCCUGCCUCCCCCCUGCAUUCGCUCCAUAAGACGCACACACAUUUCCCCUUACUUUUUAGGAGGGGAAAAGUGUGUCUUAUGGAGCGAAAAAUACGGUGGUAAAACUAAAAAUAAAUAAAUUUAGGCGCCAGAAAGAGUGCAGUGGCAUCAAUAGGCAGGGAGUUCCAAAGUGUUGGUGGGGCCACACGAAAAGACCAAGUUCUUACCAAUGCCAAGAUAAUAUUAUGAGCAUCUGUAACGGUGCCAGUUCCACAGAUGGAGGCGGCCCCAAACUUUUCAGAUCUUUAAGCUUUGGGGCCCUCCUGUGUUGAUCGCAUUCCUCUUGUACUGGGGGUUCUGUCAUUUUUGGCUAAGGAAUGGCACUCUUCUCUCUAAUGAUUUAUCCCCUUAUGAUUUAUCAGCUACUUUAAAAUGAGGCUGCAUUUUAAAUUGUAUUUUAAUCUGUAUUUUAAAUUGGUUUCCACCCCCUCUAUUAUGUUAUUACUGUGAUUUUAUUGGUGUUAGCCGCCCUGAGCCCGGGGAGGGCGGGGUAUAAAUAAAAUUUAUUAUUAUUUAUUAUUAUUAUUAUUAUUAUUAUUAUUAUUAUUAUUAUUAUUAUUAUUAAAUUGGAAAUGGUGGGAAUGACUUCACUUGACGCAGGAAAGAUCUUUUGAACCAGAUUAUCCCUCCUUAGGACUCUGCUUAUCAGACAGAGUCCUGUCUCUCCGUCUGUCUUCUGAGCGUGGCUCUAUUCCACGCUUUCAGCUCGGCAGUUCCAACAGGCUGACAUCCCCUUGUCUCCCUCCAGGCCAUGUCGAAGCUGGGUCUGCGGCAAAUCCACGGCGUCACCAGGAUCACGAUCCGCAAGUCCAAGAACAUCUUGUUUGUGAUCACCAAGCCGGACGUCUUCAAAAGUCCUGCCUCGGACAUCUACAUUGUCUUUGGAGAGGCCAAGGUGAGGGGCGAACAACUCCAGCCCUAGCAUGAGGCACAGUGAGGCAGCUGCAGUGGCGUAGCGUGGGGGGUGCAGGGGGGGCCGGCCGCACCGGGCGCAACAUCUGGGGGUUAGGGCUAGGGGGCGCAAAUCCACGGGUUAGGGGGCGCAAAUUACUUGCCUUGCCCCGGGUGCUGACAACCCACGCUACGCCACUGGGCAGCUGCCUCAGGUGGCUGAAGCUGAGGGCGUGGAAAGGUGUUGGAGGACAGAGUUCUCUCUCUCUCUCUGUGUGUGUGUGUGUCUGUCUGUCUGUCUGUCUGUCUGUCUGUCUUCUACCCUCCAGUGGCGUAACGUGGGUUGCUAGUGCCCGGGGCAGGCAAGGGCUUCUGUUUUGUUUUGUUUUUUAAAUUUUUUUUUAUUCAAAGUCAUAACAAAACAUAUUAUCCAAAAACAUAGCCUUAUUUCCCCCCCAUUUUUUCUCCCUCCCCCUCUCCCCACAGAACCCCACCCCCACCCCACCCCCCGACCUCCCUCAGUUCCAGUCUUUGGUUUCUCCAAUAAUGCUAUUUUCUGCAUGUUACAAAGUUGUAUAGAUCCUCAAACUGUUUAGCUGAUUAUUAUCAGUAAAAAAAAUUGUGAAUGUUUAUUCAAAACCUGCCAAGGAGUCCAGUUCACUUUGUUGUGUCUUCAGAUGCUUUGUGAAAGGUUCCCAUUCAUCCUUAAAGUCACAGUUAUCCUUGUCCCGUAACUUAUAUGUCAAUUUUGCCAGUUCUGCAUAGUCCAUCCAUUUUUCUUGCCAUGAUUCUUUAGUUGGGGUUUCUUCAGUCCUCCAUCCUUGUGCUACCAGAACUCUCGCGGCCGUUGUCGCAUACAUGAAAAUGUUUUUCAACUUUUUUGGCAGGUCUUUCCCUAUGAUCCCCAACAAAAAGGCCUCGGGUUUUUUAACAAAUGUUAAAUGGAACAUUUUCUUCAAUUCAUUGUAUAGCAAGGGCUUCUGAAUCCAGUUAGGGGAGCCCACUUGGCUCACUUGCUGUCCAAUAGCAUAGGAGAAGGAUUUGCUUUGAAGAAUCGUAGAGAUCCCCAAGGGCCAUCUAGUCCAACCCGCUGUAAUGCCAGAAUAACGGUUGGAGGAUUCCCUAUGGGGGGGGCUGCUGCUGCUGCCUAGGCACAUCCUGUGGGCCAUGUCCCUGGCUCACUGCCCUUCCCUGCCUGCCUACCACCGGGGGCCUCUGGGCUCUGGCCCCCAGUGCCAGCAGAGGCUCUGUCCGCCUUUCUUGCAUCUCCAAGGCCGGGCCGCCCUUCAAUCUCCAGGCUGUUCAAGGAGUCGCGUUGGCAGCUUGCCUGCCCCGGGCACCAGCAGCCCAUGUUAUGCCACUGGAGGGUGGAAGACAGACACACACACACACAGAGAGAGAGAGAGAGAGAGAGAGAGAGAUAACUCUGUCCUCCAACACCUUUCCACACCCUCACCUUCAUCCGCCCGAGGCAGCUGCCUCACUGUGCCUCAUGCUAGGGCCAUAGCUGUCAACCGUCCCUUAUUUGGCGGGAAAGUCCCUUAUCCCAGCGCCGCGUCCCGCUGCUGUCCCUUAUUGAUGAUGUCCCUUAAAUUUCCCGGGUUUCAAAGGAAGCAGCUUCUCUCCCUCCCUCCCUGCCGGCCAGGGAGGAGGGAGGCUCCAACUGUGUUCCUUGGCUGCAUUGCUCACCCAAUAAGGAGUCUAAGAACAACUGGUGGGGUGGAGCUUGCAUGCCUUGUGCCAAUCAAAUCGGCCACAUUGCCUGGGGACUCGCCUUUGCUCAGCGCUUCCCAGCGGAGAGGUGACGGUGGUUUUCCUUGCUGCAUCCCCUUUGCCGGGUUGCUGCGCUGUGGGAGCCACUGCUUGAGGCUUCGUUUGGCUGCUGGCUGGGCUUUCUGCCUUUGGCUCGGAGGGGCUCAGAAGUUGAACAUACCUGUGCCCGGAAAAUCCCUUAUUUUGGCUGCUGAUCCCUUAUUUUCGAGGCUGCUGGUCCCUUAUUUUCAAAUCUGUAAGUUGACAGCUAUGGCUAGGGCCAAAGUUGUCCGGGGAAUCCUUUCGCCUCUCGGGGUAACCAAACGGGUGUCGUGAGCAGAGCAGGAAACCCAGAGACUGCGUGAGGCCUUUUCGCCAGGUCUCUUGUGCACGUCCAGAGUGGCGAAAAGACUGGGGGUGCGUGUGCCCUCAUCGUAUUUAUUCCCAUGCCCUCUUGUCUUCCACAGAUCGAAGACCUCUCUCAGCAGGUACACAAAGCUGCUGCGGAGAAGUUCAAGGUCCCCAUGGAGCACUCGCCGUUGAUCACCGAAGCGGCUCCCACCCUCACGAUCAAGGAGGAGAGCGAGGAGGAAGAGGAGGUACGGUGGUUUGGUGCGGGAAGGCCAGGAACGAGAUCUUGGGGUCAUGAAAUAGGGCUGGAUAAGCUGCCGUUGAGCAGAGACAUCACCUUGCCAACAAAGGUCCGUAUAGUUAAAGCCGUGGUUUUCCCAGUAGUGAUGUAUGGAAGUGAGAGCUGGACCAUAAAGAAGGCUGAUCGCCAAAGAAUUGAUGCUUUUGAAUUCUGGUGCUGGAGGAGACUCUUGAGAGUCCCAUGGACUGCAAGAAGAUCAAAUCUAUCCAUUCUGAAGGAGAAGACUCCCUGGAAAAGACCCUGAUGCUGGGAAAGAUGGAGGGCACAAGGAGAAGGGGACGACAGAGGACAAGAUAGUUGGACAGUGUUCUCAAAGCUACCAGCAUGAGUUUGACCAAACUGCGGGAGGCAGUGGAAGACAGGAGUGCCUGGCGUGCUCUGGUCCAGGGGGUCACGAAGAGCCGGACACGACUAAACUACUAAACAACAACAAGCUGCCGUUUAAAAUGGCAGAUUCCACACUAGUAGGGAUCACGAGGAAAGGAAUAGGAAAUAAUACUGUCGAUAUAAUACUGAUACACAAAACCACGGUGCGGCCACAUUUGGGAUCCUGUCUACAGUUCUGUUCGCCUCACCGCAAAAAGGCAGUCUUCGAAAUUAGCCAGGCGCAUUUUGCUCCCAGCAACUUGCGACCGAGUGAAGAUGUCUGGGUGCUAGGAUACUGCCCGAAAUCACCAUCUGGGGAUCCCUGGAUCUGGACUGCUUUCACACACUAACACCCCACCCUGUAGAAUUCUGUCAGUUCUAUUUUAUCUGCACAAUUGGAAUGGAUUUCAGGAACCAAAAUGCUUUUUCUGUGCAGCCCGAACAUCAUUAUGAAAUGCAAUAGCUCAGUGAGAGAUGAUCGGCUUUGCGUGCAGAAAGCCCCGGGUUCAUUCCCUAACAUCAUUUCCAGGGAGGGCUGGGAGGUGAUGAUGAUGAUGAUGAUUUGUUACUCAUAUUAUUAUUUAUUUAAUGUAUUUAUAUCUUGCCUUUCUCCCAAGCUGGGAUUCAAGGCAGCUUCCAACAUUAAAAAUUAGUGCUAUACAGUGGUACCUCAGGUUACAUACACUUCAGGUUACAGACUCUGCUAACCCAGAAAUAGUGCUUCAGGUUAAGAACUUUGCUUCAGGAUGAGAACAGAAAUCGUGCUCCGGCGGCGUGGCAGUGGCGGGAGGCCCCAUUAGCUAAAGUGGUGCUUCAGGUUAAGAACAGUUUCAGGUUAAGUACGGACCUCUGGAACGAAUUAAGUACUUAACCUGAGGUACCACUGUAAAAGACAAAGGGAUACAAAGCGAACGAGCCAAGAACAGUAAUUAACGCCUUCCCUUUUAACAGUAAUUAACACCAGAACGCCUUAAAAUCCAGUUUGCCCUGACAGCAGCAUCCUCUGCACUUUCGUUUCCAAAGGCCUGCGUGAACAGGAAGGUGUUAACCUGUUGGCGGAAGGAUAACCGGGAGGGAGCCAGUCUGACCUCUCUUGGGAGGGAAUUCCGCAAUAUGGGAGCCACCACAAAAAAGACUCUGUCUCUCGGGUCCCCCCCAGCCUUGCCUCUGAUGCUGGUGGGACCGAGAGGAGGUGAGAUUUUGGCACCCAGGCUGGUUCAUGUGGGGAGAUACUCUCCAUCCCAAACCCUGGAGAGAUGCUGCCAGUCCGUGUAGUCUGCACUGAGUAAGAUGGACCAGUGUGCUGACUCGGUCCUCUGUUAGGGAGGUAGAUAAACACAGGAGCGGAUCUGCUAGCACCUGGAUGGGAUCUUCUAAGUUCCCUUCAUCUCUCCUGGCAGGUUGACGAAACGGGUCUGGAGGUGAGGGAUAUCGAGCUGGUCAUGGCUCAAGCCAACGUGUCUCACCCCAAAGCGGUGCGCGCCUUGCGUCACAACAACAACGACAUUGUGAACGCCAUCAUGGUGAGUCUCGAAUGUGCAGGGAAGUGGGGUGCGUGUGCGAAAUCUGAAUGACGAAAUCCUUGGGUUUUCGGUCCCCGGAUGGGGCAUGGCGACAGUUCUCUCUGCCUUAGCUGUUUCUCCUUUGGGGGUCUGGACCCCCUUGAUUCAAAACAUGUGCUUAGGUCAGGAAUGGUGGGAGGGAUUCUUUAGUUGCACUUCCUGCAUUGCACGGGGUUGGACUAGAUGACCAUCGGGGUCCCUUCCAACUCUGUAAUUCUCACCUCUAGGGUGGGCAUCUAUAGCUGAGAAAGGCCUCACCUCUGGGCAAAAGGGUCUCUGGAUCUGGCCCCCGGGGCCGGAUCUUCGCCUCCCUUCAUCCCCUGCGGGGGUGCCCACCUAUCAGUCAGGUAGUAUCACAAUCACCUGGACAUCAGCUGGUUGCUAGGGCUUGCAAAGCACCACCAGCUGGUUGCUAGGGCUUGCAAAGCACCAUCAGCUGCUUGUUAGGGCUUGCAAAGCACCAUCAGCUGGUUGCUAGGGCUUGCAAAGCACCAUCAGUUGGUUGUUAGGGCUUGCAAAGCACCACCAGCUGGUUGCUAGGGCUUGCAAAGUACCACCAGCUGGUUGCUAGGGCUUGCAAAACACCAUCAGCUGGUUGCUAGGGCUUGCAAAGCACCAUCAGUUGGUUGUUAGGGCUUGCAAAGCACCAUGUGUGGCGCCAUGCAAACUCCCCAACGAGAGGCUGCUGAAAUUUGAGAGACCAAAGUCUGCCGCUGCAGUGAACAGGAGGCACUGCUGUCGUCUCCCACCCAUAGGGUGGAAAUGGCGAGGGCUGCACUCUGGGGUCUCAUGGGCUCUGCACCGACCCAGUGUCAGAGCAGGCCCCAUAGCCUUUGAUUCCAACUUCAAGUUGAUUUGAUCCUUCCCCUGCCCCCUGCCUGUUUAGGGUAAUAUAAUUUAUUACUUAUACCCCAUCCAUCUGCCUGGGCCUCCUAAACAGGGCUGCUUUCAGAUGUCUUCUAAAAGUCAGAUAGUUGUUUAUUUCCUUGACAUCUGGUGGGAGGGCGUUCCACAGCGCAGGCGCCACCACCGAGAAGGCCCUCUGCCUCGUUCCCUGUAACCUCACUUCUCGCAGGGAGGGAACCACCAGAAGGCCCUCGGAGCUGGACCUCAGUGCCCGGGCAGAACGACGGAGGUGGAGAUGCUCCUUCAGGUCUACUGGGCCUUUGAGGCUGUUUAGGGCUUGAAAAAUAAUCACCAACACUUUGAAUUAGGCUCAGAAAUGUAGUGGGAGCCAAUGUAGGUCUUUCAGGACCGGUGUUAUAUGGUCUCGGCAGCCACUCCCAGUCCCCAGUAUAGCUGCCGCAUUCUGGAUUAGUUGUAGUUUCUGGGUCACCUUCAAAGGUAGCCCCAUGUAGAGCGCAUUGCAGUAGUGCAAGCGGGAGAUAACCAGAGCAUGCACCACUCUGGCGAGACAGUCUGCAGGGAGGGAGGGUCUCAUCCUGCAUACCAGAUGGAGCUGGUAGAUAGCUGCCCUGGACACAGAAUUGACCUGCGCCUCCAUUGACAGCUGUGAGUCCAGAAUGACUCCCAGGCUGCGCACCUGGUCCUUCAGGGGCACAGUUACCCCAUUCAGGACCAGGGAGUCCUCCACACCCGCCCGCCUCCUGUCCCCCCAAAACAGUACUUCUGUCUUGUCAGGAUUCAACCUCAAUCUCCUCCUUGCUCCUGAUGUAGAUCUUCACUCACCCCUUCUCCCCAGGGUAGGAGGCAUUCGUGCCAACAUGUCUUGGACCAGACCUGGUCUCUGUGUUCUGCCAAGGCCAGAUUAAAUGGGGGAAAUAAAUGUGGAUGGAUAUUUAGAUGUGGAUAACCUUGUAUGCCGGGACACGGGUGGCGUUGUAGGUUAAACCACAGAGCCUAGAACUUGCCGAUUGGAAGGUCGGCGGUUCAAAUCCCCGCGACUCUGGGGUUGCGGCGCUCAUCCUGCUUUACUGGCCGAGGGAGCCGGUGUACAGCUUCUGGGUCAUGUGGCCAGCAGGACUAAGCCGCUUCUGGCGAACCAGAGCAGCGCACGGAAACACCGUUUACCUUCCUGCCGGAGCGGUACCUAUUUAUCUACUUGGACUUUGACGUACUUUUGAGCUGCUAGGUGGGAAGGAGCAGGGACCGAGCAACGGGAGCUCACCCCGUCGUGGGGAUUCAAACCGCCGACCUUCUGAUUGGCAAGUCCUAGGCUCUGUCGUUUAACCCACAGCGCCAGCCGCGAGGUAUGCUUGGUUGAGGGGCAGUGAAAUGUUUGUGCGUUAGCCAAGCCACCUGGAAAGUACUGUGUGCGACAGAGCUGUUUAAAAUAUGUGGCGCUCAAUCCAGGAGGAUCCUACGAACACGAGGAGCUGUCCCAACUCAACCCUGCAAAGGGGCGACACGGAGGAAAUAGGCUUUGCCACUUUUACAUUUGCAAUAUCUCUCUCUCCUUUUUCUUUUUGUGCAGGAGCUGACGAUGUAGCGACCGGUUUUGGCAAGCCCACCCAAGCCUCUGCUGCCCACCCCUUCUGUAUAGAUGCACAGUUAACUCAUAUCCAAUACAGCUGUUGUUUGUUAGGACUGCAAAUAAUUAGUCCCAACUAUUCUGCAUUGAAAAUGCUGCUCAAUAAACGGUAUAUUCACUUGAACUGCA